UCUUGUAACUCAUGUUACCGACCCAGCUCUGUUUUCUUUGUAUAGCAAAAUUGGUUAUAGUUUUCUCGUACUUUUUUUACCCCCUGAACCAUUAAACAGUUCAAUUUCUCUCAGAGCCUAGGCCCUAGGUUUAGGAGGCGUAGAUUUAUGCAAAUUACCCCAAUACCACCCGCUAUAUCCAUUUCUGUAAAUCCAAUUUUUUUUCAAUAUCAUUUUCUCAUCUCAAUUUAAAACCAUUUUAAUUGAAUAUUGAUUAUUUUAAAGGGAUGGAUAAGAAAAAGGUUGCCGUUCCGCUUGUAUGCCACGGCCAUUCUAGGCCCGUAGUGGAUCUGUUUUACAGUCCUAUUACUCCCGAUGGAUUUUUCCUCAUCAGUGCUAGCAAGGAUUCUACUCCCAUGCUCAGAAAUGGAGAGACUGGAGAUUGGAUAGGGACGUUUGAAGGUCACAAGGGUGCGGUGUGGAGUUGCUGCCUGGAUACCAAUGCUAUGCGUGCUGCAUCUGGUUCUGCCGAUUUUAGUGCGAAAGUAUGGGAUGCAUUAACUGGAGACGAGUUGCACUCAUUUGAGCACAAGCACAUCGUUCGAGCUUGUGCUUUUUCCGAGGAUACUCAUCUUCUAUUGACUGGAGGAGUGGAGAAAAUCCUUCGUAUUUUUGAUUUGAAUCGUCCAGAUGCACCUCCAAGAGAAGUGGAUAGAUCUCCUGGUUCAGUCAGAACUGUUGCAUGGCUCCAUAGUGAUCAGACAAUGUUAAGCUCUUGCUCUGACAUGGGCGGUGUCAGGUUAUGGGAUGUAAGAAGUGGUAAGAUAGUUCAAACACUCGAGACCAAGUCAUCUGUGACCAGUGCUGAAGUGAGUCAAGAUGGUCGGUAUAUCACAACUGCUGAUGGGUCAACAGUUAAAUUCUGGGAUGCAAACCAUUUUGGGCUUGUGAAGAGCUACAACAUGCCAUGCACAAUAGAAUCAGCUUCAUUGGAACCAAAGUAUGGGAAUAAGUUCAUUGCUGGGGGAGAAGAUAUGUGGAUUCGUGUUUUUGAUUUCCACACUGGUGAUGAGAUAGCAUGCAAUAAAGGCCACCAUGGUCCUGUACACUGUGUGCGCUUCUCACCGGGAGGGGAAUCAUAUGCCUCAGGAUCAGAGGAUGGAACCAUUAGAAUAUGGCAGACAGGCCCUUUGACUCAUGAUAAUACUGAAGCUGUACCAGCAAAUGGUUCAGUUGGAAAGGUUAAGGUAACUGCAGAAGAGGUUUCGCGCAAGAUUGAAGGUUUCCAUAUUGCAGAUGAGGGGAAGACUAAAGAGAAAGAAGAAGCAGGAAAUGAGUGAUAAGGCCAAUCACAUUUCUCAUCAUUUUGUUUCGCAUAAUGUUCAGAUCUCUUAGAUAUUAUAUAUAGAGACUAAACCAGAAUUUUUUCAUAGUUUCUUGUUAAUGAUGCAUUAAAUAGAUAUAGUCUGGACCAAAUGUCGUGUACAAGUUCUGCUUGCCUCUGAAAUUGAAUUAUGGACCUUUUAAUUUUGCAUGUUUAGACUUAUAAGCACUGUGUACAGUGGAAUGCAGCAAGGAUCUCUACGGGUAUACUUCAAUCAGGAACUAUCUCCAACUGAAGUUGUUAACAUUUUAACAGUUAGCCUGAC